GCAGAAGAAAGUGGACAGACAUGAGGAACUUUCACACUCAUGUUCUCCAAGCCUUGGUUCCAUUGCUUCUUCUCUCUGUUUUUCCACAUUCAGGAUUGGGACAGAUUCUUUUCCAGGGCUUCAAUUGGGAAUCAUGGAAGCAACAAGGAGGAUGGUAUAACUUACUGAAAACCCAAGUAGCAGAUAUCGCUGCCUCUGGGGCUACACAUGUGUGGCUUCCUCCUGCUUCUCAUUCUGUUUCUGAGCAAGGUUAUUUGCCAGGAAGGCUAUAUGAUCUAAACGUUUCAAAAUAUGGUGACCAAGCAGGCCUCAAGUCCCUAAUCCAAGCCUUCCAUAACCAAGGUAUCAAAUGCAUUGCUGAUAUUGUCAUAAACCACAGAACUGCAGAGAAACAAGACUCAAGAGGCAUAUACUGCAUCUUUGAAGGAGGGACACCAGAUACUCGUCUGGACUGGGGACCUCACAUGAUAUGUAGUGAUGAUACCACCUAUUCUGAUGGCACUGGCAACCCAGACACCGGCGCCGGUUACCCGCCGGCACCUGACAUCGACCAUCUCAAUCCAAGAGUCCAGCAAGAACUCUCAGAUUGGCUGAAUUGGUUAAAAACCGACAUCGGCUUCGACGGUUGGCGGUUCGACUUCGCCAAGGGGUAUUCGGCGGCCAUGGCCAAGAUCUAUUUGGAGAAGACGGUGCCAAGCUUUGCGGUUUCAGAGAUUUGGAGCUCUUUGGCUUAUGAUGGAGAUGGGAAGCUGAGUUACAAUCAAGAUGGGAAUAGGCAGGAGUUGGUUAAUUGGGUGAAUGGUGUUGGAGGGAAGGCUACGGCGUUUGAUUUUACUACAAAGGGAAUAUUGCAAGCUGCAGUGCAAGGAGAGCUAUGGAGAUUGAUUGAUGUGAAUGGGAAAGCGCCAGGGUUGAUUGGGUGGUUGCCUGGAAAUGCAGUCACUUUUGUUGAUAAUCAUGAUACUGGUUCUACUCAGAAGCUUUGGCCUUUCCCUUCUGAUAAAGUAAUGCAGGGAUAUGCUUAUAUUGUUACACAUCCAGGAAUUCCUUCCAUUUUCUAUGAUCAUAUUUUCCUGUGGGGACUGAAGGACGAGAUAAGCAAGCUUGCAGCUAUAAGAACCAGGAACGGGAUAAACCCAAGUAGCAACCUGCGAAUAAUAGCUCAUGACAGCGAUCUGUAUAUGGCAGCCAUUGAUGAGAAGAUUAUAGCGAAGAUUGGAUCAAGAUAUGAUGUUGGGAAUCUUGUUCCUUCUAAUUUCAAAUUAGCAACCUCUGGUAAUAAUUACGCUGUGUGGGAGAAAAUGUAAGCAAUCAUGGCCAAUAAUAAUCUUGUAUAUAUUGCAAGAGCAGCUAAAAUAAAGGCAGCUUGUUUAUUAUAAUUUCUAAGUAAUCAGAAGGUUUGUAUGAUAAAUUGCUGUGAUAAUUUCCAGCCAAGUAAUAAGGUAUAAAAAUCUCUGAUUUGAUAGUUAC